AGCAGUGAUCUCUGACCGGACUAAAGAGGUGAAACCAUGGCUCCUCUCCCCACGGAUUCUCCGCAAGCCGUCCUCGUCUCCUCCUCAUUCCGCCUCCAUUCGAAGCCCCCUCUCCAAGACCGCCCUACCGCCGCCGUAGCUCGGCUUCUUGAAACGCUAGACUCCGCCAUAGCCGCUGCCGCCAACCACCCCUGGGUCAAGCCCCUCCUCUCCCUUUCCACUGAGAUCCGCACAUUCUUGGCCGAGGUUCGUUGCGGAAAUCGUGGGAAUCGCAGCUCGUUGUCAGUUCAUAAUUUUGCUGCAAUCCUUCCUGGGGAUUCUGUGGCGGGGGUUUUAGUGGCGAACGGAAUUUCUAACUUCUUGAAUAUAUAUAAUACGCUGUUGGUUGUUAGGUUGGUUCUUACUUGGUUCCCUAAUUCCCCUCCGGCCAUUGUCAGUCCUCUAAGCACUAUAUGCGAUCCUUAUCUAAACAUAUUUCGUGGGAUUAUCCCCCCUCUUGGUGGAACAUUGGAUCUGUCUCCUAUAUUGGCUUUCCUUGUCCUAAAUGCCUUCACGAGCACCGCCGCCGCCCUUCCUGCUGAGCUUCCACUAAGCUCAGUAUGUCAGCCAUGGACGCCCAUUCCCUUGCUCCAAAAUCUCACUUCAGCACAAGAAAAGUGGAUUAGAAGGAUAUGCAAUAAGAGAAGUAAGAGACAAGACAAGAAGCAUUCUGCAAUGUAGUUUCUUCUUCUUUCAGGUUCUGCCACUGUUGAUUACUAAGGGAAAUUGAUGUCUGUAUGAGCUACGUACUGUUUAACUUGCCUCUGUAGUAGAAGUCUAUCGUUUGUUCCAGCUUUGUUGUUUAAAAUACUUCUUGAAAUUUUGAAAUUUUGUCUUAUAUUGUUUAUAAA